UGCGAAGUGAAAAGCAAUCGUUGCGAUACGUAACCCCGUGGAAACAUGUGAGGACGUCGUGGAGAUGGAACGAAUAUGUAAUUACGCGCAAAUAAAACGAUCUAACAAUGUAGUCCGAUUAUUCAGCGCAAAAGUGUCUCCUAACCUAAAGCUUCCCACGCCUUCGGCACAUUGCGAUUUGAUCGGGCCGCCUGAUCCGAUUUCGAAUAUACGACCGAUCAUUGUCGCGAGAUCCGAGAAUGAAAGUAAAUUGGAGAAGAUUUAUAGAGAAGCCAGAGAGGACACACAAACCUGGAAUCAACAUUUCUGGACGAAACACAACAUUAGGUUUAUCAAGGAACGUAAACAAUUCCAGGAGAAUUUAAAGAAGGAAGGGAAAACUUCGAUCACUGCUGAUGACAUGUCAGUGUUUUAUAAAGAAUUUUUGGACAAGAAUUGGCACACACAUUUCAAUUAUAACAUCGCUUGGUACAGGAGAAAUAUUAAAUUACUGUUCCUCGAGUUUGGGGUAAGAAUAUCUAAAUUGAAAUUUAGGUGAUUGACAGUAUUCUUUGAACAUAGUGUAUUGUACAUAUUUACAAUGUAAAUCUCUAUUUAUGAUUUAUUUGUAAGCUGUUAAGAGUAAAAU